ACGGCCGCGGAAGUCGGAGGCCGGAGCGCAGGGCGACCAGGGCAGCGGGGGCGGGGGGUUCAGCUCCCCGCCUGACCUCUGCCGCCCCCAGCCAUCAAAGUGAAGGCUCCUCGGACUUUCCAAGAGGGAGGACCGGUCGGAACUGUCAGCUGCUCCGGGUCAAGGUCUAGCCCACCGCCUCCUUCCCGUGCCACCCCAUCCCAUCUUCUCCAAACGCUCCCAACUCACUGGUGAGCGCUGCGGGCCGGGGGCUGGAUGCGGGGACGGCCGCGAUGGCCCCGCGCGCGGGACAGCGGGGACUCUGGAGCCCGCUGCCAGGGCUGCUGCUCUUGGCGGCGGCGCUGAGCCGGUCCGCCGCGCCCUGUCCCUUCCAGUGUUACUGCUUCGGCAGCCCCCGACUGCUGCUGCGCUGCGCGUCGGGCGCGGAGCUCCGGCAGCCACCCCGGGACGUGCCACCCGACGCGCGCAACCUCACCAUCGUGGGCGCCAACCUGACCGUGCUGCGCGCCGCCGCCUUCGCGGGAGGGGACGAGGAGGCGACGGACGGCGUGCGCCUACCGCUCCUCACGGCGCUGCGCCUCACACACAACAACAUCGAGGUGGUGGAGGACGGUGCCUUCGACGGGCUGCCCAGCCUGGCGGCACUCGACCUAAGCCACAACCCGCUACGCGCCCUGGGCUCCCGCGCCUUUCGCGGGCUGCCUGCGCUGCGCUCACUACUGCUCAAUCACGCGCUGGCUCGGGGCAGCCCCGGGAUGCUGGAUGCACUGGACGCCGCUCUGGCUCCCCUGGCCGAGCUGCGCCUGCUGGGCUUGGCAGGCAAUGCGCUGAGCCGCCUGCCACCCGCCGCGCUGCGCUUGCCGCGCCUGGAGCAGCUGGAUGCGCGUGUCAACGCGCUAGCCGGCCUGGGCCCCGACGAGCUGCGCGCGCUCGAGCGCGAUGGCGACUUGCCCCAGCCGCGCCUGCUGCUGGCAGACAACCCACUGAGCUGCGGGUGCAACUCGCGCCCCCUGCUGGCCUGGCUGCACAACGCCACCGAGCGCGUACCCGACGCGCGCCGCCUGCGCUGCGCUUCCCCGCGCGUACUGCUCGACCAGCCUCUGAUGGACCUGGACGAGGCGCGGCUAGGCUGCUCCGAAGGCGAUGCACACGAGAGCGGGGAAGGAAUAGACGCCGCCGGACCGGAGUUGGAAGCCUCUUAUGUCUUCUUCGGGCUGGUGCUGGCGCUCAUCGGCCUCAUUUUCCUCAUGGUGCUCUACCUAAACCGCCGCGGCAUCCAGCGCUGGAUGCGCAACUUGCGCGAGGCUUGCAGGGACCAGAUGGAGGGCUACCACUACCGCUACGAGCAGGAUGCAGACCCGCGCCGCGCGCCCGCUCCGGCCGCCCCUGCCGGCUCCCGAGCCACUUCUCCAGGCUCGGGUCUCUGAGCAUCACUCCCCUAGUUGGAGGGAGGCAAUUCCUGUCAGCUGAUGACUUUACUGGGGCCAUGCAGCCUUUCCCUGCCUGUCCUGGGCCCUGGAGAUAACACACUCAAGAAUUUGGACCUCUGAGACCUUUGGAUCAGUCGUAGUAUCUCUCCCAUACCGAAAUUCCAAGGUGUACUCUUUCCCUGGCCUUAGAGUUUCUAGAUCAAAAUCCCAGAAAUCUGUUUCCAGAAACAAAUCCUGCCUGCCUGUCCUUACUGGGCCAUUGAAAUUCCUUCUUCCUCUCCAGGCUCACCCAAAAACCCUGCUCUUCCAUUUUGAAAUCUCUAGCACUUUCUCCACCACUCUUCAUGCUUUGAGCCAGACACCCUGGCUAGACUGCACUGACACCUAUGCCCCGGCUAGCAGACCUCCGUCCCUUUCUCAGAGUUCAGGGGGAAUCUACCCUUCUGGUCUCUUUGGAAAGUUUUUAUGAAGUUUGAGCCUUUCGUCCCACCCCAGAACUCUGGGCUCUCCAUCAUGUAACCCACAUCUGAAAGCUCUAUGGUUUCAGUGACCCCUCUAGUCUGAUGUGCUUCCUACCUGAUUCUAGCUCAGGCCUUUCCACUCCUUGGCCCUGGCUGGGUCUCAGCUCCAGCCUUGUCUCUCUCAUGCCAGGGGCAAGCCUUGGUGUCCAUCCUUAGCCUUUCUGUUGGGGCUCUGAUGUCCCAACGCUCAGUGUUUGUCCUCCAUCUGAAACUUAGCUCUUCACCCCAGUCACUUUCAUGCUCUGGUCCAAGCCUCAGGCUCUCAGUUCCUUUGACACCCAUAGCUGGCACUUUUGCCAUUCAUUGAUCAGGGGCCAGAGAUGACUCCCUAUGGUGGGGUGCUACCCACUGCCCUCCUAGGAGAAGUUCUCCCAACCUGCAGGACAAGUAAAAGCACCCCCAUAGCAUAUAAGCAUACUUUAGUGAGGGAGGGAGGAGGUGGGUGAGCAGGGUCUCCAAACCAGGGCCACCAGUCUGUCUGGAAAAGUGAGGAUUGGAGCUGCUACCCAUCCAGCGCUCUGUGCUCCACCACCUCCGUGGUCCUCCCCGGGGAACUCCUUGCUGCUGCCUCUCAUGCCUUCUGGAAGGGAUGCACUCUGACCUAUUGUCUCAGUCUCACUGGAAAGCUUUCCUGGUCAAGGUUGUGGCCUCAGUGUCCUGCCUUCUGCGUGAUCCCAAAGCACAAUGGUGAGUGAGGAGGGACUGCCUCCCUGCCUCUCACCCUCAGUCAGGCAGAAUGGCGGGCCUGUGCUGCCUCUGCACAGGAAGGAAGUCUUCUUCCUCUGUGUGUUGGCUUGAGGCCGGCCUCCCCACCCUCAACUGAGAGAUCUGGACCUCCCUUGGGCUGUUUUCUAUAAAGUCUGCAAUAAUCUCCUAUACUCUCUGCUCUUGUGAGUGGUUCUGUGUUUGUCCUACUGACCUUGGGGCAUUGGUGGGAGUGAGAGGUGACAGGGGGCCAUUUGGGGCAGUGGCCCUUAUGCACUCUCCAGAGAUGUGGGGAAAAGAAAUAGGCUGUGAGUGCACAUAGCAAAAUUGAGGCUAGACACACGGGGGUGCUCCAUCAUUCUCCAAACCUGCCUGCUUGUUAGCGGUCUGGAGUGGGCUUCUCCACACUAGCAUGGGACACUAUUCUUGCUUCCCACACUCUGUCCUUUGUUUGGGGUGGGGCACUGUAAGGGAGAAAGAAAGACCGACAACCUAGUCUCAGAUGAGCUUCUUGGGAAGGAGGAUAGCUAUAAUGGAGAGGCACUUUGUUGGGGCAAAACUGUCUGCGGGGCCAUUGUCUACUGUGGACCUAUCUGCUUGCUACCUCCUCCUGUGUCAGGCUGUGGGUGUUUUGUUUUGUUUGGGUUUUUGGGUUUUUUGUUUUUUGUUUUGCUUAUUUGUUUGCCCCAGAGCAGGCAGGAGGCAGUGGCCCCCUAAUAAAGAUGACUUGGGGAGACAGGCGUUAAGGACGGUGCUCAUCUUUGACCUCAGUAUUCCCAGGGUCGGUUGUUUAGGGUCUCAGAGCCCUAGAAUCAUGGGAGCAGAAGUCUGAAGUUCUGGCGUGUAUUUUAGAAGUUCAAGUUCAGAGUCACAUAUGUCUAGAAUAUAUGGCUUCUAAACAUUGAAAGGGCCAUCCCAGUUCCAUGGGAAGCCCCUGUUGUCUUUAGUGGGGCACAGUGCACCGUCUCCUUGCCUUGCCCCUAGUAGGGUCUGUAUCUGUCCCCACCACCACCAUUUUUCAGGAGCAUCUGCCAGUGACCUUCAGCAUGUCCCCUGACCAUCCUCUGGAGAAGAAUAGUGAUGUCUUAGACAGGUUAGAAAACCACCUCUCAACAGAUCACCUCAGCACUGAAAGAGUACCCUCUGGUAAUGAAGUCUCUGACUGCAGUAAAUCCUGGCAAAUAAAACAUGUCAUUGCUUGUGGGAUUGC